CCCUACAGCGACGAGCUGCGGCAGAAGCUGAGCCAGAAGCUGGAGGAGAUCCGCGAGAAGGGCAUCCCCCAGGCUGCUGAGUACCAGGCCAAGGUGGUGGAGCAGCUCAGCAACCUGCGUGAGAAGGUGACGCCGCUGCUGCAGGACUUCAAGGAGCGCCUCACCCCCUACGCCGAGACCCUCAAGACCCGCUUCAUCACCCUCCUGGAUGACCUCCAGAAGAGCGUGGCCUGA